AUGAACAACUAUUCGAGCAACAUAACCGCCAUUUUGGCCGCUUUUCCGUCGCAACAAAUCGCUUCCGUCAUCGACUCCUAUGCGGCCACUCUUCAGAAGCGCGCCGACAGAGACGUCUUCUUCCUCAACACUCAGGGAAUCGUUCAAUUGGUCCAAAGAUAUCGCAACGGUAUUCGCGGGAGAAUGCGUUCUUGCGUUCAGGAAUUGGUCCGCAAUUACAUCGAAGUGGAGCAACACUUCCAAAGCGGUCAUUACGACAAAUGCGUUUCUCAGUUGCGCGAGAAGUUCAAAGAGGAGGGCAUGGCGUCCGUCGUGUCGCAGAUCUUCUCGCAUCUGUCGGUCACCAAAAAGAAUCAACUCAUCAUCAAGCUGAUCGACCACUUGUGCGGACACGAGCCGGGCAUCACCGACGAGUUGUCGUCCAUUCUGAACGCGCUGACAAUCCUGAACAAAGCGGAGAACGCGAAGGUGGCGCUGCGCGCGCGCCAAGUGCUCAUAUCGGCGCAUCAGCCGCCCUUCGCGCUCCGACACAACCAGAUGGAGUCCAUCUUCUUGUCCGCCAUCGACAUCUAUUCGCACGAAUUCGAGCCCAACGUUCUCAACAAACUCAUUCUCAGCGAGACUUCCAUUUUCGACGUUUUGCACCAAUUCUUCUACCACUCCAAUGUCGUCGUCCGCAGAGCCGCGCUCGAGGUGUACGUCCGGCGCGCCUACAUCUCCUACGAGAUGGUGUCUCUGCAGCACUCGGUGCUCGGCUCCCCGGAGCGCCACUCCGUCGAGAGCCUGCACUCGCGGUCGUCGGCCGUCUCGCGCGACGCCUCGAUUCCGUGCGCGGUCUACCACUUCAUUCUGCCCUCAAGCCAUCCGUCGCUCGUCGGCAACAACGCGUCGUCGACGGCCGCGCCCUCUAUCGCCGUCAUCUCCGAGUCUUCGGACGAGAACCAAAUCGUGUCUUUCGGCAACUAUCGGAUCGGAUUGAUCGCCGCCUUCAACACCACCGAACAAAUGGAG